GCCGUACGAGCCAAAACCUAUGAAAUAUGUGGAUUGACUGGUGUAGGUGUAAACCGACUAGCUGCGCAAAUGCGGUGCAGCAUUGACGGAUUAAAUAACCUUGCAUUGCGUCACAACAACUGCGUUUGAAACAUGGCAGACAAGACUAGUCAAGGGGACCCGAAGCCUGAAGCCCAAUUUGCCAAGAGAAUAGACCCUACAAAGGAAGCUUUGAGCAAGGAACAGUUGCAGUUCAUCCGACAAGUGGAGCUGGCGCAAUGGAAGAAGAAAACCGAGAAGCUCCGGGGUCGAAACGUUGCGACAGGGCUCGCCAUCGGAGCUGUAGUACUCGGCAUUUAUGGCUACACUUUCUACUCUGUAUCCCAAGAAAAAGUCAUGGAUGAAAUAGAUGAAGAAGCCAGAGCUGCAAAAAUACGUGCACCGAAGACCGGAGCGAAUUAAGCUGUCAUAUCAUAUGGUUUUGAGCUGCUGUGGGAACCGUUUGCACUGAACAUGACAGGAACAUUACUUUGGGACGAAAGUGGCAACACAGUUUAAACCAAUUCAACAGACGGCCAGCAGAGGGCGCAGAGACCAUUGCACCAUCUCCUGCUUGGCUCAAAACUCUUCAAUCAAUGAUUAUAAGUUUAAUUUGACUGGAAUAUGAGGAGGAACAAGGCACUUGCUCAUCUUUACCGUCAAAACGCGUUUCUGUGUGUUUCAAUCUUAAUGGAACAACGUCAUUAUGCAGUUUUCCACAACAUUAGUGUGGAAACAUUUAAAGGGAAUGUCAUACUACCACUAUGCUAAGUAUAAUUUAACACAUGGCCAUAGCAAGGUAUUGUUUCCUAUUAAAAAAUACAGUUUAGAAUUUGUUGUGGGCCCCUAUGAUCAUUACCACCUUUCACCCCACUAGCUAUGGCCCUGAUUUAACAUUAGCCUUAUUGGGGAUGCUGACAAAGAUACAUAAUCAGCAUACUAAUUAUUUAAAUUAUUGGUAUAGAUUUUCAUUUGUUAUUUUUUUUUUUUUUU